GGCUGGCGUGGGGCAGCGCUCGGCGAAGAUGGACUCAAUUCGCUACCUCUGCCUGCUAACUGUUGCAACAACAGCCUACGGAGCAGAGGUUGAAGAAAGGCUGAUGGAACACCUCCUGAAUUCUGAGAAAUACAACAAGCUGAUCCGACCGGCUAAGAACAAUUCUGAGUUGGUGUCUAUUGUCUUCCAGGUCUCACUGGCACAACUCAUCAAUGUGAACGAACGGGAGCAGAUAAUGACAACAAACGUUUGGUUGAAGCAGGUGAGUGUCUCUCCAAGGGAAUGUCCACCACUCUGGACCAGGGGGCGUAGUCACUUCCACCUGUGUGCUUCAUUGCAGGAGUGGAUGGAUUACCGGCUCAGGUGGGAUCCCGAGGACUUUGAAGGGAUCAACAAGCUACGUGUAAACUCCAAGCGGAUCUGGCUGCCAGACAUCGUGCUGUACAACAACGCUGACGGGACGUACGAAGUCUCCCUGUACACCAAUGCCAUCAUCUGGUGCAACGGAAGCGUCUACUGGCUGCCACCCGCCAUCUACAAGAGCGCGUGCAAGAUCGAGGUGAAGCACUUUCCCUUUGAUCAGCAGAACUGCACCAUGAAGUUCAGGUCGUGGACCUAUGACCACAUGGAGAUCAACAUGACCCCCAAAUCAGAGAGUGCAAGUAUGGAUGACUUCACCCCCAGUGGGGAGUGGGACAUCGUGUCCCUUCCAGGGAGAAGGAACACAAACCCAAUGGACCCAGCUUACGUUGAUGUUACCUAUGACUUUAUCAUUAGGAGGAAGCCCCUCUUCUAUACCAUCAACCUCAUAAUACCUUGUAUCCUCAUAACCUCACUGGCUAUUCUGGUCUUCUAUCUACCAUCAGACUGUGGUGAGAAGAUGACUCUGUGUAUCUCUGUGUUGCUGGCCCUCACUGUGUUCCUGUUGCUCAUCUCCAAGAUCGUCCCACCAACGUCUCUAGAUGUUCCACUGAUUGGGAAGUAUCUGAUGUUCACCAUGGUCCUGGUGACCUUCUCCAUCGUGACCAGUGUCUGCGUCCUGAACAUCCACCACCGCGCUCCAACCACGCACGCCAUGCCCCAGUGGGUGAAGGUGGUGUUCCUGGAGAGGCUGCCGGCCUUGCUCUUCAUCAAAAGGCCCCAGGGCAACGGCAGCGGGCAGAAGUUGUCCCAGCAGAAGAAGAGCAACUUCUGCUGCGCUCACUUGAGCACGGCGGAGAGGAACAAGAACCCCGCCUUCUUCAUGAACCCAACGUCAGCCAAAGUCUACGACCUGAAUGUGAUCGAUGCCCCCGACGGCUUUGGUUGCCAUCAGGACGUGAGGUUGAGAACUUCCACAAGGCACUCCCUGGACCUCCAGGAGGCCAUUGACGGCAUCAAGUUCAUUGCAGACCACGUGAAGAAUGACGAUGAGAAUCAGCGUGUGAAUGAGGACUGGAAAUAUGUGGCCAUGGUGGUGGAUCGACUGUUCCUGUGGAUUUUUAUUGUGGUUUGCAUCCUGGGGACGGUCGGAUUGUUUCUGCAGCCGUUCUGCCAAACGCAGUAUCACUGAGACCUGCCGCACCUGCCCCUGCACACGGACUUCCGCUGCUCUGGGAAUUUUUAAUCCACUGGCUUUUUUUCACCAGGAUGGUGGAGCAUUCUACAGUCGCCUGCCCCCCCCCCCCAUGUCCUCGCUCCCGACCGAUCCAUAUUAAGCCGUGCUAUAUCGGGGCAUUAUUACCUAUGAAUUGUAGCGUAACUUUGGCUCAAACAGCUAAACUUCUAUUAAUCCGUUAAGGCUUUAGUUUGAUACAAAAUAUUUUUGAUUAUUUAACUUUAUAUCUUCCUUUUGAAAAUUGCUCAGUUCUAAAUAAAU